AAGCAGCUGGCUCACAGGCAGACCGAAUUCUGCAGCCAGCAAAGGACCUGCGCAGCCCCUGCUGCUUCCUGCCUUGUGGUUAUUUUUUUUCCUGGAAUACAGACCUGACCUUGGGAGCAAGAUGUGCAAGGGACUCGCUGCACUGCCAGCCACUUGCUUAAAAAGUGCCAAGGAUAUGAAGCAUCGUCUGGGUGUCUUGCUGCAGAAGUCAGACUCCUGUGACUAUGGCUCUCCACAGGGCAAGAAGGAGAAAGUAUCUCCAAGCCAGAGGGUUAGCCAAGAGGAAGUCAAAAAGUGGGCAGAGUCAUUGGAAAAUUUGAUCCAUCAUGACAGAGGUCUGGCUGCUUUCCGUGCUUUUCUCAAAUCUGAGUACAGUGAGGAAAACAUCGAGUUCUGGGUCAGUUGUGAGGACUACAAGAAAACCAAGUCACCAGCCAAGCUCAGCCCCAAGGCCAGGAAGAUAUAUGAUGAAUUCAUCUCUGUGCAGGCAACAAAAGAGGUCAACCUGGAUUCAUGCACACGGGAGAAGACGAGCCACAAUAUGCUGGAGCCUACACUGUCCUGCUUUGAUGAGGCUCAGAGAAAAAUAUUCACCCUCAUGGAGAAGGAUUCUUACCGCCGUUUCCUCAAGUCCCCCUACUACCUGGACUUGGUCAGCCCACCCACAGCUGGCUGUGGGCCCGAAAACUGCAAAAGAGCCCAGGCUCAUGCCAUAGACUGUAACUCUAAUAUCAUUUCCCAGUGUGCCUGAACCUGCAGUGAGGUCAGGAGCAGGCUGGGCUCUCGUAGGAAUAUAUGGCAGCAAAAGCAUUCAUUGGCAUGAAGCAACAGAGCUGUCUUCAGUAGCUGUCUAAUGUCCCCAUUGUGUCCCGUGUCAUGCAGCAGCCAGCAUUUGUAACCCAAACCAGGCUCAGUUUGUGUAGCAAACCCUCCGACUCCGACUGUGUAGGAGCCCUGGGGUCUGUCUGAUGUGAGAGCGCAGUGAGGUCACUGUGGGUCCAUUUCUGACAAGCACUGAGCCCAGGAGGGUGGGAGCAGCAGGGAAGGGGCACACACACUCACACCUAGUGCUGGCCAUAAAGGGAACAGUCUCAUGGUGUCACGGUGUGACGCGUAGCAAGGAGCAGGGAGGCCACGCAAGGUGGUGUGGACUGAUACCUCUCACCCCUUCUAAUCAGCAAGAGCUUAGGUGGGAAGGAAGGACUUGGUCUGGUCCUUAGCUGUUUGUAUAGCUCCCAGCUAUCAGGCACAGGAAGAGCUCCACUCUUUCUUGAAGGGAGAUCAACACUUUCAGGCUAGCACACAGUCUCCUAUGGUCAUUACACAAAAUUGCAUGAAAGCUAUCUCUGAGCUGCUUUUCCUGUCUGUAGCAUCUAGAUGAAGUUGGGUGAGGACCUUAUGUUUUUUUAAGGCUGCACAGAGCUAUUAUUUGGGGGGAGGUUCAGUUUUUUGAACAUAAUUGUACCCUUCACACUCCCAAACUAAAUCUAUCAUUCUUAUACUAUAGCAGAGCAGAACUGAAACAUGUUCCUUCUCUUCUAGACAGAUAUUAGUAACUCCUGAACGCAGGUUUGCCUGUCCUGACUUGAAUGAAGCAAUUUGUAAUGGACUAAGACCACUAUUACAACAGCUAAGGAGGGAAGGCGCUGCUUGGGAAUACUUGAAAUAUUACAGGCUUUUUUUUUUGUUAGUUUGUUAGUUUGUUUGCUUUUUAAGUUAUUAAUGUAAGUUAUUCAUGUCAUCCAGUAGUUGCAUUACUCACUUUUGUCCUGAAGAUGGUGGAAGGGGUGUGCUGGCCUCGCUACUGCUCCUGGGCUCUGGUCAUACUCUCCCCAGCUCUCAGUCUUUCCCUAGCUGGAAAUUGCUGCUCUGACAGCCAUACAUUCCUCGCACUGCAUCCCUGCUCAGACAACUGUCCUCACAGGGGUUCUGACAUGGCAGAAGGCUGUGGCUCUCCAGUAGGUGCUUUGAGGCCCACACAAAAGCAUCACUUCCCACAUUUGCUUUCUUUUGCAUUUCUUUGUAUGCUGACACAUACCACCCUGCAUGUUCAGCUGCAAGAUGGAGAGCUUCUAAUACUCUGAGCAUAGCUGAGCAUGUGGCUAUGUUUUAUUUGCCUCUGGUACUGGGAACUCUUGACAACUCUUGCAAAAAAAAUGUAUUGAUAUUUAAAUAAUAAUGAAUACAUACUAAAUAAAACAUAUUUGGAUUA